CCUCCUGCGUCCCGGAAGCGCCCGCGGGGCCGGGUGCGAUGGCUGCGGUGGUUGCAUUGCAGCUGGGGCUGCGGGCGGCGGGGCUGGGACGAGUGAGCGCCGGGUGCGGGGUGCUGGGCGCGGGGAGGGGUCCCGGAGCUCAUCCCACCCUUUCGUGUCCGCAGGCCCCGGCCAGCGCCGCCUGGAGGAGCGUCCUCGGGGUCUCCCCGCGCCCAGGAGUGGCCUGGAGGCCAAGCAGAUGUGGCAGUUCUGCAGCAGAAGCAUCUGCCACAAAAGCAGAAGAUGACUCCUUUCUUCAGUGGGUCCUGCUCCUCAUCCCUGUGACUGCCUUUGGCUUGGGGACAUGGCAGGUCCAGCGUCGGAAGUGGAAGCUGAACCUGAUUGCAGAGUUGGAGUCCAGAGUUCUGGCUGAGCCUGUCCCUCUGCCAGCAGACCCAAUGGAACUGAAAAAUCUGGAGUAUAGGCCAGUGAAAGUCAGGGGGUGCUUUGACCACUCCAAGGAGCUGUAUAUGAUGCCCCGGACCAUGGUGGACCCUGUCCGGGAGGCCCGGGAGGCCGGCCUCAUCUCUUCCUCAACUCAGAGUGGGGCGUAUGUGGUCACUCCCUUCCACUGCACCGACCUGGGAAUCACCAUCCUGGUAAAUAGAGGGUUCGUUCCCAGGAAGAAAGUGAAUCCUGAAACCCGGCAGAAAGGCCAGAUUGAGGGAGAAGUGGAACUCAUUGGGAUGGUGAGGCUGACAGAAACCAGGCAGCCUUUUGUCCCCGAGAACAAUCCAGAAAGGAACCACUGGCAUUAUCGAGACCUGGAAGCUAUGGCCAGAAUCACAGGCGCAGAGCCCAUCUUCAUUGAUGCCAACUUCCAGAGCACAGUCCCUGGAGGACCCAUUGGAGGGCAAACCAGAGUUACUCUGAGGAACGAGCAUCUGCAGUACAUCGUGACCUGGUAUGGACUCUCUGCAGCUACAUCGUAUCUGUGGUUUAAGAAAUUCCUACGUGGGACACCUGGUGUGUGACACAUCAGCUGCUAAAGCCCUGUCCCUGAAUAAUGAAGUAUUUCAAAAGACUGCCUUUAUGCUGGAUCAUGUGCUAUUGGUAUAAAGUUCUGGCCUUCUACCUUAAA